AUGGCUGCGCGUCUCUUUUUCGUGGCUGCGUCGGCAGUGGCGCUUGUGUCAGCCCAGUUCCCAGCGCCUCCGUCGAAUCCAAUCCAAGGAUGCACAACGAGAUCCUUCUUGAUCCCCAGCUGGCUCGUUCAGGAUGUGAAGCGCUCCGCUGACGGCAGCGUGUCGUUUGACGUCUUGAGCAGGGGAGGCGGUUGGACCGCGUGCUCCAUCCAAGGCACGGCUCCGUCGAACGGCACGCUCACGGCGACGGCGCAAGUCGCCGAGGACUCCACCACGUUCCUGGUGAAUCAGACCUGGACCUGCAACGACCGCGGCCCGGUCAUGACAUUCUCAGCAACGGGCAACAACUCGGCGGCACUGAAUUUCACCUCGCCGGUGCUCAUCAGGGGUUCCCUCACCUCACCCGUGGCCAUCACGCCCCAGUAUCCUGAAGGUCCCGAGGGUCACGACUUGGCCGGCUGCACAGCGCGGUCGGAGAAGCCAUCCUGGGUGCUGUCCACCAUCCACUUCACAGACGAACCGGGCGACGGCGUGACGUCGACUCCCUUCCAGAACUUCAACCUGAUAGUCACCAACCCGGCCAACGGCUACCAGGCCAGCUGCAUGCCGGGCGGCUCCUUGGGCGGCACGCCGGAUCUCUCGCAGCUCGUCUGCGCCGGCUCUGAGUUCCAGUCGUCUUUGACUGGUCGGCACACCAUCACCACCCAGGCGUCGUUCGAUCCAGCCACAAUGACCUUCUCGCUCAACCAGACGUGGUUCUGCGACGACACCGACGCGUCGAAGCCUCUUCAGAUCAACGCGGCGGGCAGCACGGUGCUGCCGCUGAACUGCACGACGCAGCCGGCCGCCGGCACCAACCAAACCAACCGGUACUGCAGCUCGACGGGUGACGUGGACCUGGAGGGCAAGCUCGGCACGGUCGUGACGCUGCAGGCCUACUCGCUGACGGACCCGGUGGCGCCGUUCGGCGACGGCUGCACGCUCACGUCCAUCUUCAACCCGGCGUGGGAGUUCAGCGCGUUCGAGGUCGACGACACCAACAACGGCGGCGGCGGCAGCAACGAUACCUCUUCUUCUGCGUCGGUGUCGUUCGGCAUCAUCCUGGCCGCCCAGAACCGCGGCUUCCAGUUCCCGAUCGCCAUCACGCAGGGCAACGCCACCGCGGGCGCGGGCGCGGGGUGGUACGAGUGCGCCAUCGGCCCCGACGGCGGCGACGACCUGCCGCUGUGGCCGUACCAGUGCGUGUUCCGAUACACGGCGGCGACCAAGGAGCUGCAGCUGCGGGCCGACUGGGCGUGCCGCGAUCUGGAUCAGGCGCAUCCGAUCUACUUCCGCGGCGUGACGACCACGACAGUCAACAGCACGCUGACGUGCGAGACGGCCGGCGGGCAGUCGCAGUGCACCACUGCCGACCCGGCGUUUACGUGGGACGCCAAGAUCUCGAACGUGACGUGGGGGAUGGCGGCGGCAGCCCCUGGGGAUGUGUAG